CGUUUGAAGAACGUCGCGCCAGGGAUGUCAAAGUGUUUUUUUCACAACCUGUGACUAACUAACCCGUUUUCUUUUUUCUUUUCCGUUGCGUCUUGUUGGAUGCGCGUCAGGCAUACAGCUGUGUGUACGGGUAUGUGACGAGAAAUAUGUUUUCACGGUAAAAAGUCGCGACGCAUUGAAUUUUCUCCCGAGGCACGAACUGUCAUCCGUUCGAAGACCAAAACGACGGACUUCGUUACGUUUUGCGGCGGAAAAAUAAGCAAUUUCUCAUGGGGACAGACCUCGAGAUAUCCCACGUCGAAGAUAUCGCGAUCGCUUAAUCGCGACGUUGGGAUUAAAGAAUCGAACCAGGCUGCCCGUGAAACGCCAAGCUAGAGCUGACGUUCCGUCAGAAUGGGAAAUUGUUUGAAACGCGCCGGAGGCAGCCAACAGGACAAUACCACUUUGCUAAGUAACAAUCCUGAUCCUCCUACGUUGACUAGCAGUUCUCAGCAAGAAGGCCUUGGACCUCCGAUACCUUACAAUGAGGUAUUUGGCUCCUACUAUCCGGCGAUUGCUAGGGUGGAACGUCAUCUUCAGUCGACAAAUUUCAGUUUACCUCGUGGAAGUACCAUCCGUGUUACUUUAGGACCAGGCACUUUAACGGAACAACAAGUUAGAAUUGCAAAACGCAUUGGACUAAUCCAACAUCUGCCGAUAAGGGAAUACGACGGGGCUAAAAAGGGAGAAUGUGUGAUAUGUAUGAUGGAGCUUCAGGUGGGAGAGGAAGUGCGCUAUUUACCCUGUAUGCAUACUUACCAUGCUCUCUGUAUCGACGAUUGGUUGCUACGUUCCUUGACAUGUCCAUCGUGCAUGGAACCGGUAGAUGCAGCACUGAUUAGUUCGUAUCAUCCGACCACUUAACGCCGUCAAGAUGAAACCUGGAGUAGCUAAUCGGUAAUCAAACUAUACUAUCGUGCUAAACAGAGCAAUCCGAACGAAUCAUUGAUUUUACUAUCGCGUAAAAUGGCUUCUAACUAGCAAAGGGGCCUUCUCUUGUUAAUGGCCGAUCAUAUUUACCAUUGUAUUCGACAUACU